AUGAAGAGGAAGAGAGAGGACGAGACCAAGGAGACGAUGGUCUCUGAGAAGAGAGAGAGGAAGAAGACGACGAUACAGAUAGUGACGGGUUCCUACGAGAGGGUCCUCCACGGCAUCAACGCCACGAUAUCCCAUGGAGUCGAUGAAGACGAUGAAGACGGAAGAGAAGAGAGAGAAGAGAGAGAAGAGAGAGUGAGGUUCAUGGAUACGUUUCUGUUCCAGGCUCACACGUCGUCGAUUCGGUGUCUGGCACUCUCGCCCAUGCCCAGCCUGGAGAACAAGCAACAGCAGAACGUCCUGCUGGCAACGGGGGGAACAGACGACCGGAUCAACCUGUACAGCCUGUCUGUCUCGCCCAUGGCUGCUGACGCCGGCCUCGUCCCCGUCCCCUCGCUGGCGGGCAACAAGGUGCUGGAGAACCCCCGGAACCGCGAGCUGGGCGCGCUCAUGCACCAUUCCGCCAGCAUCACGGCAAUGCACUUCCCCACCCGGUCGAAGCUGCUGUCUGCAUCAGAGGAUAACACGAUAGCCGUGACGAGGACGAGAGACUGGACCGUGGUCUCGUCCAUCAGGGCGCCAAACCCCAAGACGCAGGGCAGGCCGAGCGGUGACACGGCGCCCGUUGGCGGUGCGCCAGCCGGCGUGAAUGACUUUGCCGUACACCCCAGCAUGAAGCUGAUGCUCACAGUGGGCAAGGGGGAGAGGUGUAUGAGGCUGUGGAACCUGGUCACCGGUCGCAAGGCUGGCGUGCUGAAUUUUGGGCGGGAGGUGCUUACGGCCGCGAAGGAAGGGAAAUGGGGGAGCGGCGAGGGGAGGAAGAUCCGCUGGGAUUCGGCUGGGGAGGAGUUUGCUGUUGCCUUUGAACGGGGCAUCGUCGUCUUUGGAGUGGACUCGGUUCCAAAGUGUAGAGUGGCCACCACGCCAUCCACAAAGGUACACCACAUCAGCUACCUUGAUAUUGGCACAGAUGACGAGAAGAAGCAGCUACUGGUCGCCUCCACAGAGGACGGGAGACUCGUGUUUUACUCUACGACGCCUGACUCGCUAGAGCCGCCGGCCGAGGGGGGCGACACCGCUAUCCCAUCAGCACCGUUUGUCUUUCAACUCGGCGGCAAGGCCCAUGGCCAGUCCAGCAGGAUAAAGGAGUUUGAGAUUCUCCCGCAGCAGGAGGACUCGAGGACGAAACAGUUCCUCGUCGUCACCUCUGGCAGCGAUGGUGCACUGAGGAUAUGGGCCAUCAAGCCAGAAGAAUUCCAACUGACGAAACCGGCUAAACGGGGUAAACGGUCGGAACCAUCGAAACUAGAUCAGCCUGUCCAGGUAGGUAAGCUCCUGGGAACUUAUGAGACCGGGAACCGAGUCACCUGCAUGAAAGCGUUUAUCAUGCGUGAGCCUACAGAAGAUGAAGAGCUCAGCGAGGGUGACUCUGACUCUAAUGGCCAUGACGACGACGACGAUGAUGACUCUGAGAGCUCAUGA